AUAAAAAGUCAAAACCCCGGAAAGCGAAAAAAAAGAAAAGAAAAUAGAACCACCUCCUUCAUCUCUUUUCUCCUCUGAUCCAGAAAUUCUUCCACAACUUCCUUCACAAUUCGUCGAAGGACAUUUCUUCUCUCUCCUUUUCCUUACAAGUGAAGCUAGGAGGUAGGCAGAUAUGUCGGAGACUCUGACAGAAUCAACGGAUUUAGCAGAAACUGAGAAUGGCUCGUCUGUCCGGGAAGUUUGGGCAAACGGGGUAUGCAUGCAAACAGCUGAUGUCGAAGCCAAGCUUGAUGAGGGUAACAUUCAAGAAGCUGAAUCCGCUUUGCGUGAUGGGUUAUCUUUGAACUUUGAGGAAGCACGAGCUCUAUUGGGCAGGUUGGAGUAUCAAAGGGGAAAUGUGGAAGGUGCUCUACGUGUGUUUGAUGGCAUUGAUCUUCAUGCUGCCGUACAGAGAAUGCAACCUUCUACUGAGAAACAACAAUCUUCUAAAAAACACAAACCGAAGAGUGACUCCGGAUCAGCCGUCUCUCAGCAUUCUGCAAGUUUGGUGCUCGAGGCCAUUUAUUUGAAGGCCAAGUCUCUCCAAAAGCUUGGGAGAUUAACCGAGGCUGCCAAUGAGUGUCAAAGCAUACUGGAUGCAGUGGAGAAAAUAUUCUCCUCUGGUAUACCUGAUGUCUUGGUUGAGAAUAAGCUUCAAGAAAUAGUUAGCCAUUCAGUUGAGCUCCUUCCAGAGCUAUGGAAACAAGCUGGAUCCUACCAGGAUGCAAUGUCAGCUUACAGACGUGCCCUCUUAAGCCAGUGGAACCUUGACAAUGAAUGCUGUGCAAGGAUUCAGAAAGCGUUUGCCGUUUUUUUGCUAUACAGCGGAGUUGAGGCGGGCCCCCCGAGUUUAUUUGUCCAGAUCGACGGCUCUUAUGUGCCCAGAAACAAUCUGGAAGAGGCAAUUCUUCUUCUGAUGAUCCUCAUGAGGAAGUUUUACCUCGGGAAGGCGACGUGGGAUCCUUCGGUUCUAGAACACCUCACUUUUGCUCUAUCUGUAUGCUCCCAAACCGCUGUUUUGGCAAAGCAGCUCGAAGAAGUCAUGCCUGGAACGCUUAAUCGGAUUGAACGGUGGAAGGCUUUGGCUCUUUGCUACAGUGGGGCUUGCCAAAAGCCUACCUCUAUGGAUCUGUUGAGGAAAACACUACAUCCAAACGAGGACCCUGAUGACAUCAUGUCAUUAUUGUUGGCAUCAAAGAUUUGUAGUGAAGACGUGCUUCUUGCUAGCGAGGGUGUGAAAUAUGCACGGAGGGCUAUAUCCAAUACCGAAGAUCUAAAAGGUGUUGGUCUUUGUAUGUUAGGGCGGUGUUUGGCGAACCAAGCCAAAAUCUCCUCAUCCGAUUCUGAGCGGUCCCAUCUCCAGUCCGAAGCUUUGAAGUCACUAGAAGGUGCGAUUGCCAUAGAGAGGGAGAACACGGAUCUGAUAUUUGAGCUCGGGAUUCAAUAUGCAGAACACCGUAAUCUGAAUGUAGCAUUGCGGUACGCCAAACAGUACCUUGAUGCAACGGGAGGAUCAGUGAUAAGAGGUUGGAGAUUUCUUGCGUUGGUUCUUUCCGCUCAACAACGGUACUCGGAGGCAGAAGUGGUGAUUGAUGCUGCAUUGGACGAGACGUCAAAAUGGGAUCAAGGACCACUGCUCCGAUUGAAAGCGAAGCUGAAGACUUCUCAGUCGCAUCAUACGGAUGCCAUUGAGACUUACCGUUGCCUUCUUGCAUUGGUCCAAGCUCAAAAGAAGUCUUAUGGACCUCUGCGGAGUGCACCUCAAGUGGAGGAAGCUAAGGUGAAUGAAUGUGAAGUUUGGCACGGUCUGGCCAAUCUGUACUCUAGUCUCUCACGCUGGCAGGAUGCAGAGAUAUGCUUGGCAAAAGCUAGAGCUCUUGUUGAGUAUUCACCGGAAACUCUACAUAUAGAAGGUGUCAUGCAUGAAAGACGGGGAGAACCCAGUAAAGCCAUGGCGGCAUAUAUAAACGCCAUGUUACUAGAUCCAAAUUAUGUGCCUUGCAAGAUAUUGCUUUGUGCUUUGGUGACUACGAUGGGCCCCAAGAUGCAGCCAGUAGCAAGAACGCUACUCUCCGAUGCACUCCGGCUUGAUCCCACUAACCGAAUGGCGUGGUACUACAUGGGCUGUGUUCACCAGAACGAUGGUCGGAUUGCUGAUGCUGCUGACUGUUUCCAGGCAGCUUCAAUGCUUGAAGAGUCAGAUCCGGUUGAGAGCUUUAGUUCCCUUUUUUAAAAUAAAACCCACUUGAAAAAAUGGUUGAAAUCGUUCAUUCUUUCAUUCUUUAUUUAUUCAUCCAGACUUUUGUAUAAUCUCAUUUAGAAAUGGUUAUCAUAUUUACAGGAUAGUUUUCAGUCUAUAAUGGGAAAGUUUUUAUUCAUACGAAGUAUUAUGUUGAACAAAAAAACACAUAUGAUAUGCCGAUUAAAAAGUGCACUCUAUACUUGCAUA